CGCCCCACUCACGGCGCUCGUGUGGCGUUGGGCGUCAUUCUCACUCACAGGAAGCGACCGCCCUCAACUUCCCCAAGUCCUUUCCCGAAGCCACCGCCAAAAGGAAAAAGCCAUUAAAAAACUCAUUAAAAUCCCAUCGCACAUCAGAACUCGCUUCCUCUUCUCGCCGACGGAGUGCCUUCGCAACCAAAGAACAAAGCCCCCCGCACAUCCUCUCCUAUAGCGAAGGGCGAACGCCAAGGUGUUGUCUAAACCCUAGGUCUCGAUCCAUGGACGGCGGAGAAGACGAGCUCCUGGACGUUCGUACCCUCUUCCCGAUCGGGGAGGAGCAGCCGCCCCCGCCGCCACCGGAGAACGAGGAGGCCACCUUCCCCCGCUGGGAGGAUGAGGGGGAGGGGGGAGCACAGGCGAUUGGAGCAACCGAGGUGGACGACUCGCAGCUUCUGUUCUCUCCCUCCGUCCGCCCGUCUCCCCUGACCGGAGACGAGGAGGAGGCUUCUGCCUUCGAGCCGGCUGCUCCUGGAGAUGCUACCGCGGGAGAGGAGGCCGUUAAGAUGGGCGUGGAAAUUGCGGACCCCGCGGCUGAGGCCGCGAGCCAGGGCAUCGGCAAGCGGAAGCGCGGCCGACCGCCUAAGGCCCAGGGCGGCGGAAGGGCGCCGCCGGCGAAGAGGAAGGAGGAGGAGGAAGUGUGCUUCAUAUGCUUCGAUGGGGGUAAUCUUGUGGUCUGUGAUCGUAGGGGUUGUUCAAAGGUGUAUCACCCGGCAUGUGUCAACAGGGAUGAUGCCUUCUUUCGCACGAGGGGACGGUGGAAUUGUGGUUGGCAUAUAUGUAGCAUAUGUGAAAGGGCAGCUCAGUACAUGUGCUAUACCUGUACCUAUUCUCUGUGCAAAGUUUGCAUUCGAGAAGCUAAAUUUUUUUCUGUUAGAGGGAGCAAAGGCUUCUGUGAGACUUGCUAUAGCACUGUAAUGUUGAUAGAAUCAAGUGAGAAUGGAAAUGAGAAUAAGGUUGGUGUUGAUUUUAAUGAUAGGAAUAGUUGGGAAUAUUUGUUCAAGGAAUAUUGGUUAUAUCAGAAAAGAAAACUAGUGUUAACAUUAGAAGAGCUGAAAAAUGCUAAAAAUCCAUGGAAAGGAUCUGGUGUUUCUGCAUACAAUGAGGAAUCUUCUGAUGAUUUAUAUAAUGCUAAUGAUGACCAAGAAGAUAGCUCUGAGAGCUCCUCAGGAUACCAUGAUGGCAGCACUUCUUCCAGAAAAAAAGUGAGAAAGCGUUCUCGGAAUACUGUUGAUGAUGAAAGUUCAGCUAAAGAAGUAGAUGGUGAAACGAUGUCCAUGCCUGAAUAUCCUGAGUGGGCUUCGCAAGAGCUUUUAGAAUUUGUGGCACACAUGAAAAAUGGUGAUAAAUCUUUUCUGACGCAGUUUGAUGUUCAGGCUCUUUUGCUCGAGUAUAUAAAACGAAAUAACCUUCGUGAUCCUCGUAAAAAAAGUCAAAUUGUUUGUGAUCCACGGCUUCAGAACUUAUUUGGGAAGGCCCGUGUGGGGCAUUUUGAAAUGUUAAAGCUUCUAGAAUCACACUUUCUUAUAAAAGAGGCAUCACAGGCAGAUGCAGAUGACAAUCAAGCAGUAGUUAUAGAUCCUGAUUCUGGUCAAGUUGAUGCUGAAGGAUACAGUGAUACAACAGCAAAAAUGAGUUUAGAUAAGAGAAGGAAGUGCCGUAAAAAGAUUGAAGGAAGAGAACUGCAGACCAAUCUUGAUGAUUAUGCAGCAAUAGAUGUUCAUAACAUCAAUCUGAUUUACCUCCGUCGCAACUUGAUGGAGGAUUUGAUUGAUGAUACUGACACUUUCAAUGAGAAAAUUGUUGGAUCCUUUGUAAGGAUAAGGAUUCCUGGUACAGGUCAGCGGCAAGACAUGUAUCGCCUCGUGCAAGUUGUUGGGACACAAAUGUUUGCAGAAAAAUACAAAAUUGGAAAGAAAACAACAGAUAUUGCACUGCAGAUAUUAAAUUUAGACAAGAUGGAGGUUGUAACUAUUGAUGUCAUCUCAAAUCAGGACUUCACUGAGGAGGAGUGCAAACGCUUAAGGCAGAGCAUAAAAUGUGGUUUGAUUAGUCGGCUAACAGUGGGAGAUGUCCAGAAGAAAGCUAGGGUUCUUCAAGCUGUGAGAGUUGAUGAUUGGUUGGAAAGUGAGAAGUUGCGUCUUGGUCACCUUCGUGAUCGUGCAAGUGAAACAGGUCGUAGAAAGGAGCUUAGAGAAUGUGUAGAAAAGUUGCACAUUCUGAGCACCCCUGAGGAACGCAUGCGCAGAUUAAAUGAAGUUCCUGAAAUCCAUGCUGACCCACAUAUGGAUCCAGAUUAUGAAUCUGCUGAGGAAGAAGAAGUGGAUGACAAAAAAGGAGAUAAGUACAGUCGGUUGAGGGAAUCUGUGUCUCGUAGGAAGGCAAGGGAUUUAUUUCCUCCAGGCAGAGGACCAGGAUCAAAUUAUAAUGGGAGUGGGGGAUCAAAAAGUUCAAGCAAUUUGAACAGAGGUUCCCGGACAGAAGAUGCACAAGACAAAUUGGACGCAUAUAGUGAUGGUGCGGAUAGGACAAAUGAAUUGUCCUGGAAUCAAGGUAAGGAUGCACAAUGGACAAAAAGCUGGGGAACGCCAAAUACCCAAACCAGUGCGACAGGUCUGGAGGCUGGCAUUUGGAAUAAUAACCAACUUGCUACAAAACCUGGAAGUACACAUGGUGUUGCAAGUGAAACAUCAGCAUCUGUACCUUCUGGACUUUCAGUACCAUCAAACGUCAGUGAGAAUGAUAAGGUCUGGCACUAUCAAGACCCAGCUGGAAUUGUCCAGGGACCCUUUUCAAUGGUACAGUUGCUCAAGUGGAAUAAAUUCUUCCCACCUGGCUUGAGAAUUUGGCUAACAACUGAGAAGCAAGAAAACUCUAUAUUAUUGACUGAUGUGCUGAAGUCCCAGAAUUGUUUGCCACAGCAGGAGCCUCAGCAUAACAGCUAUCCUCAGCCUGCAAAUUUUGCAGGUCCAAUGGGUAAUAGAGAUGAUAAAUAUGGUGGCAGGACAGGGACUAAUAAUUCCACAUGGGUAGGCAUGCAGAAUGGGAGCAACUGGAGUGCGAGCCAGAAUAAUGCUACUUUCUCAACUGCUGGUAAUACCCUGCCAAAUGCUGGUAGAUGGGCUACACGGUCAGCUAACUUGUCUGCACUGGAAAUGGAGGCAGUCAAGGGUAAUAAUGCUUGGUUUGGCCAGCCCAGUUGUCAGAAAAGCCCCAGAUCUGCAGCGCCAUUUUCUGGGAAUCCAUACCAACAACCAUCUUAUCAAAGUGGAGAGGGUCAAGGAUAUGCUGGUAUAUGGAAUAUCGGCCAAGAUCAUGGAAGUACAUGGAAUUCAGAGAGGCCUAGGGGGUCAAGGGCUAGUGGUCAGGGUUAUGAAAGACAGCAUUCUAGUUGGAGCCCUCUAAACCAGCAAUCUCAACUAACUUCUGGUGAACCUUGGAAGGCCCGACCAACAAAUUAUUCUAAUCUGCCUACUCCCACCCAACAGCCAAGUAGGACAGACUGGACUAGCGUUCAAGGUUCUUUACAUGCAUCUGCAUCUACGGCUUCUUCUAUUCAACCUAUGAACUCUGGCUGGGGCACCACUCGAGUUACUGGAUUCAGUGGGGCACAUAAAUUGCCCACAGAAAAUCCUGAUGGGGAUCAGAAUAUGCCAAACCAAUCAAAUGGUGAGGGUUCAUGGUCUGUCACAUCUGCUUCUGUGCCUAGUAUGAGUAGAAUGGCUGAUGUUGGUGGUGCCCAGAUUCUUGAGAUAGUAGAUCAGUUUGGUGAUCCUUCACUAUCCGUUCAGCAGAAACCUACUGAAUCUAAUGCACCAAAUAUUGUGGUAAACCAAUCAUCUCUUUUCCUCAAAAAGGAAGAAAUUUCUUCAAAUGAUGCUACAGUUUCAGGUGGCUCUGCCAUGAAUAAGAGCCAGAGCUUUGAAAGUGAUUACCCUAGUCCAACUCCUCGAGGUGAUGGGAAGGAGUUUUCUGGAGACCAGCCUAAUGAAGCUGAUCCUGCCACGAAGUGGCCUCAAGCACAUGAUAGCUCAGCUUCUGUAAGUCAGGGGUCUGAUCCUGACCCUGCCUCUCUUGCAUUCAGACCAUUGGAUCCACAAGCCCACCUUUCACGUAAAGUAGAUAACAUGCAAUUGCUGUCAAGGAAUUCAGAUGAAGGUGUGGCAGAUAAAGAUAUCAUAAGUGAGAUGCAAAACUUGUCCACUCAGAAAUCUUUCUCUGAAGAACAGAACAAGCAGCCUCCUCUAGCAGGCAUGGAAGAGAAGCUAGUUGAUCCUGCCUCAAAUAUUAAACCGACAGCUGAAUCUGAUGUGCUGGAGCUCACUGCAACUCAAAGAUCAGAAACUUCAUCAGCUUCCAGGCCUGUGUGUGAAUUGCAUGGACGGGCACCGGCUUCAGCUCACAAACAGGAACCAAAUGGUUCUAGUACCGUUCCUACACCCCCAGGGGGAGAGCUGCACUUCUCAGGUCCUGAUCCUAUAAAAUAUUCUAAUUUGGAGGGCGCACAAGAUACAACUGCCAUUGAGUGGUCAUUGCCAUCUCCAACCCCAGGUUCCCGGCCUUCUGGAUGGGAUAUUGGUGCUGAUUCUAGCUCAGGUUCGUCUGUUGAAUUAGCAAUAUUAUCAAACCCUGGCUGGGGCACCAAGGCAAAAGAUGUUCCGAGUUGGGGAGGGGCUCCGCAGCUUAACGUAGGUACGGGAUCAGCACAAGGAAGUGAAAACAGGGGUUGGGCAACAGCAAUACAAGGACAUGCAAACACAGGCAGUGGAGCACCAACCCAGGGAAAUGCAAAUGCUAAUGCAGGUUGGGGAACACUGGGACAGGUUUGUAACAAUGCAAACACUGACUGGCGAACACAAGUACAGGGAAAUACAAAUGCAAACUUACGUUGGGAAGCUCCAGCUUGGGGGAACUUAACAAGUUCUAGUUUGGGAGCACCCAUCCAGGGAAAUUCAAACCCAAAUACUGGCUGGUGUGCACCUUCCCAGGGAAAUUCAAACCAAUUUUCUGGUUGGGGAGUACCACCAGCAGGAAAUGGGAUUCAGAAUCUUGGUUGGGGUGCACUAACACAGCAGGGUAAUAAAGAUGCAAUUGCUGGUUGGGGAACAGGGAGCAAUAGGAGCUGGAAUUCGCCAGCCAGAGAUCCUGAUAGCUGGGGCGCUCAACGGAGGCAUCAUGGAGAUGACUACCCAGAGGGCAGGGUAUUGAGGCAUGGUGGUGGGAGAAGCUCAUGGAACAGGACUCAGUCAGCUAGCGGUGGGGGGUCAUCACGACCACCUCCGAGAGGAGAAGGGCCGAAAGGACAAGGGCAGCGAGGAGUGUGUAGGUUCCAUGAGAAUGGGCACUGCAAGAAGGGUGCAUCCUGUAAUUAUCUGCAUCCAUGAUUGGAAUUUUUAAAUUUCCAUUUCUUUUCUUGCACAGCAUAAUCACCUUGGUAGCUGAUAAUGAGGUCACGAAAGCUCUGCUUUGUCAUGCCAUGUAGAACUUGUGUGCAGGUAUAUGAGUGUACAAUUUUCUUUCCAGCUCUUUGCACUCCAUUCUGUGUUUCCCGCCAAGUCGCCAAGAAAGCUUCCGGCCGUGCACUGUGCCCCUCCGCUCCUCUAAGCAAAAGAAUGCCCACUAGUAUGGGCAACGACAGCACCCAGACACCGGCUCCGUGAACAACUAAUUAAACACCAUCCCUCAGCCGUCAACAGUUCAGCCGGACCAACGGAACUCCCACUCCAACACCCCCUCUUCCCUUCUUUAACCUCGCCUCUUCUCUCUCGCCCACCCCUACCCAAUAUGGCCCCUAGCUCUAAACUGAGGCAAUCCUCUAUAGACUCCUUCCUUCGCUCCAAACUAACCACCUCCAUUCCUCAACCCACCGCCGUCGCUGCUUCGGAGUACGAGCGAGUCCGGCAGGAGACCAUCCGCCGGAACCAAGACUUCCUCCAGAAGCUCGGCAUCGCCGCCCCCAAACCCCCACCACCCAAACGAACCCCCAAACCCCAUCCUCCCCCAGCCUCAUCCGCCCCCCUCCGCCGCAGCACCAGAAAACGCCCUCUCCCGCCCCCCUCCUCUGAUGACGGCGCCGACGCCGACCUCGCAGCCCCCGCCGAUCCUUCCGAGCCCAGCUUCGUCGAUUCCUCCGUCUUCCGUUAUGCCUGCGAUGCCUCCGAUGACUCCUCUGUCCUUUCGUCUAAAAUUCACCCAUCAUCUUCUUCUAUUAUGGGUUUCAGAACUGUCGGUAAGGCGUUCCGUGAUCCCUCGCUUGCCAAGAUUUACUCCCUUGAUGUCUGUUUCUUGAAUAAGAAUCGGUUCUUGCUCUCCGCUGGUGGUCACGGGGGCUUUAUAUCAGUCUACGGGGGAGGAGAGGAUGGUUGUGACGGAAACGUCGAAGGGGCAGGGAAAGGCGAAACGGAAGAGCCGCUUAUGAGCUGGAAGGGCAGCUGGAGCUGGAUCUCGGGGGUGAAGUUUGUGGAGGAUAAUCCGAUGUUGAUGGUCUCGAGUUCGAAUGAUGGGUGUGUUGUCGUUUGGGAUAUCAAAAGGCAGCCAGCUUUGUCAUCAUCUUGGUCCCCUCCUGUUGUUGCCAAAUCGAUGGAGCUGCAUGCAGGUGGGAUCUUUGCCAUGGACCGGCUGGGUUGCUCGAUUGCCACAGCUUCCAAGGACUCUUCUGUGGGUAUUUCCAGGCUCACGCCGGCAGGGGAGCUCGUGACAGAGCGACAAGUUGCUGGCCACCACUCGGGAGUGAUUAGGGCUGUUUGUUUUGGAGAUAACGUGAAUAAACUUGCUGAUUGUGGAGCUGAUGGUUGUAUUUGUGUCCUCGAUACAAGGUUGCCAGAACCUUGUGCUCUUACCAUUAAAUCGGAGCACUCAACUGGCGUAACACUGUGGAGUGGUGCACAAGGAAGUCUCUGCUUCUUUCUGCUAGUAAAGAUCCAACAUUGCAUCUUUAUGAUGUUAGACACUCUGCUGGACCAGUUCUUAAACUUGAAGGCCAUGUUGAGUCAAAUAUUAGAAGUUGUUACCAAAUUUAUAGACCCUGUUUUGUAGAAGGUGGAAAGACAAUAGCUACACCUGGGCAGGGAUCGAGAAAGAUAUCUUUGUAUGAUGUUGAUGGUGGAACAAUGAUAAGCCAGGGGAUGAUCGGUUAUGAUGCUAAUUUGGUUGUUUUUACGGACUGUGAAGAACAUCCAAGACUUUGGUCAGCAGGAAGGCAAAUAAACGAAUUAUGCCCAUUGACACAAUCUCAAUGAUUCAAACCUGAAGAUCUUUAGCUGCAUUAUGGUCUCGUUUCACUCAGGUAGACUUGUUUAAUGUUGAUCAGAAAUCUCAAAAUCCUUAUCAAAUGUUUUUACACAUUUUUGUUUGAGCAUGCUGUUGUUCUUAUGAUCUUGUAAUGCUUUCAAGAUUUUGUAGUGUAUAUUUAGUUCAAUA